AUGGUCGCAACCCCACAAUCUUCUUCGUCGGCUAGUAGCGGCACUGGCGUCCUCGUUGAUGUCCCUCCUAUCGUUUCUCCCUCUCGGGAAAUACCUACCACCUUUUCCUCCAGUUUGAAAUCAUGGUGGGCGACCAGCGAGGAACAAUCUGCCCUUUCCGAAGAACGGCUAUUUAGACGUAUCCCCUUCUUUGUUUCAUCUCGGCCCAACUCGCUCGAUAGAUGCAAAACCCUGUCGGACACUGAGCUGAUCGCCACUCCCACCUCUCCAUCUCCUAGAUCGUUUGGCGUCACAGCAACAGUAGCUCCAGCGACAGUCAUGCUUCCUGGAUACGGCGCAGGGAUAGGAUUUUUUUUCCAUAAUUUCGAGCCAUUAUCCAAAUGGCGCACGCCCCAACUUCCCAGCAUCAAGUAUAAUAAAGACGACGUCCAGUCUCGUGUGGCCCAGGCCGAAUCUUUCUUCAUCGAAUCACUUGAAGAGUGGCGCCAAACCAUGGGUAUCGAGAAGAUGAAUCUAAUUGGCCACUCCCUUGGUGGAUACCUCUCCACAGCAUAUGCAUUGCGGUACCCCCAACGCGUGUCUAGACUGAUUUUGCUGAGUUCAGCUGGUGUUCCACAUGACUCGUAUUCUCUCGCGGUGGAGCAGGAACUUAGCGAAACGACACCAGAGGGAGCUGAUACGGGUCGAAAUACUGAUCCCGCUCGGACACCUUCGAAACAUGAAGUAGACGCUCGGCAUCAGUCAAAGUGGAGACAGAAUCCAACUACAUUAACGAGGUUUGCAUUGUGGGCAUGGGAGCAAGGGUGGAGUCCCUUCACGAUAGUGAGGAGAAUGGCUUUUUGGGGCCCUAUGGUUGUUGGGAAGUACUCCUCUCGUCGGUUUGGACAUCUGGGCGAUGACGAGGUACGAGAUGUGCAUGACUAUAUCUGGCACAUCACUGUUGCUAGAGGUUCCGGGGAGUAUUGCGUAUCGCACCUACUUGCCCCGGGUGCGCAUGCCAGGUUACCAUUAGUUGACCGCGUACAUGAUCUCAAGAUACCAGUAUCUUUCAUCUAUGGCGAUCAAGACUGGAUGGAUCCAUGGGGUGGUCGGCAAGCUGUUGAAAAUAUGAAGAAAGCUGGCAAUCCGGAUGGAAGACUCCAUAUCAUUCCUGGUGCUGGACAUCAUUUAUAUUUGGACAAUCCCGAGGCGACAAAUAAACUUAUACUCAAGGAGCUAGAGAGGAAACCCACCAUGAAUCAUUGA